UAUUAUAUUAGUAUUCUAAAUAGAACUCUAAAAAGCCGCCCUUUUUCUCGGUCAAAAUCGACCGUACUCAACGUACUAUCAUCCGAAUUUUCUAUAACUCCUAUACGUUUUCCAUUCCACCAAACCUUUGCCAUCUCUUAACGUAAAAUAAGAGAAAUCGUACUAUGUUCUCUUUGCCAUCUCUCAGGAAAUCCGCACCAUUAAUCAAACCAGUAGUGCUUGCUAAUCAGCGGCCGAAUAGUGUUCGCCCGGUGUUUAACCAAUCACAGGACUCUGGUUCAUCUCCACUGAGCUUGUUGAAACCUUCUUCUGGUGGGUCUGGCUCUGGUGGUGACAACAAGAGUCGAGAGGAACUGUUGCUGUCGUUACUGAGAUCAAUCUCUUCUGGGGUUUUGAUCGUUGGGUCUAGUUUAGGCUUUUGCUGCUUGUCUCAUUCCGGGGUUUCUUUAGCGGAUGCCCCCAGUGGGGCGACAUGGGCGACGGAUGCCAAUGCUCAGUUUGGAGAGGCGAUUCCCCAGAAAAAAUCCAGGUUUCUCUUUGCAGAAGGAUACAGGAGAAGAGUUUUCUUCAAUUAUGAGAAACGCAUACGGAUGCAAAGUCCUCCUGAAAAGGUUUUCGAUUACUUUGCGUCCCAUAGAACUCCUGCAGGAGAAGUUCUUAUGACACCAGCAGACUUGAUGCGGGCACUGGUUCCUGUAUUUCCUCCAUCGGAAUCAAAUCGUGUUAGAGGGGGCUUUCUAAGAGGGGAGCAGGUCCCUGGGGAAUUACGUUGUCCCCCUCCACAAUUUUUCAUGCUUUUUGAUACCAACAAUGAUGGGCUCGUAUCUUUUCCAGAGUACAUCUUCUUCGUCACACUUCUUAGCAUUCCUGAGUCAAGCUUCUCAGUGGCUUUUAGAAUGUUCGACCUUAACAAUAAUGGGUGGGUUAAUUCUAUCAAGUACCCAAAAAAAAUCAGAAUGCUUUGCCUUUUCUUACUUGAUCAUUUGUUGAUGAUAUGUUCACUUUUACAAGAAAUAAUCACAAUAUUAAUUUUUAUUAUUAACAGAGAAAUAGAUAGGGAAGAAUUCAAGAAAGUGAUGGCAUUGAUGCGAGCACAAAAUAGACAAGGGGCUUGCCACAGGGAUGGACGAAGACUUGGCCUCAAAGUUACAGAACCUGUAGAGAAUGGGGGCUUGGUGGAGUACUUCUUCGGCAGAGAUGGCAAGACAUGUCUAAAGCAUGACACAUUUGUCCAGUUUUUACGAGAUUUACAUGAUGAAAUUUUGAAGUUGGAGUUUGCUCAUUAUGACUGCAAAUCACAUGGUACAAUAUCAGCUAAAGAUUUUGCAUUGUCAUUGGUUGCCUCGGCUGAUAUUAGCCACAUAAACAAGCUGCUUGAUCGCGUUGAUGAACUUAACAAUGAAUCACAUCUUAGAGACAUACGGAUUACAUUUGAAGAAUUCAAAAAUUUUGCAGAGCUACGAAAAAGAUUGCAGUCUUUUUCUCUGGCCAUUUUUUGUUAUGGAAAAGUGAAUGGUGUGCUAACGAAAAAGGAUUUCCAAAGAGCUGCAUCUCAAGUAUGUGAAAUAUCGAUUACUGACAAUGUGGUUGACAUAAUAUUCCAUGUGUUUGAUGCAAAUCAUGAUGGGAAUUUAAGCUCAGAUGAGUUUGUGAGAGUAUUAAAAAGACGGGAAGGGGACAACUCACAACCCAGAGCAGGCACUAAGGGAUUGAUAUCUUGCUGGCUAAGUUGUUCAACAAAUUGCUCCACUUCAAAGCUGCUUCUUUAAUUUCUAAGAUGAUCAUCUUAGAAAAGUCUAUCUGCACGUAUAUUCAACACACAAUUGGAAAAUAUGCUUAAGAAUCAAAUUUGAUGUGGGGUUACUGAAUCAAAGGCAGACCAUUUCCUUUUUGAAAAUUAAAUCUCUUGUUUCUAUGGAUCUGCGAAGGUGAAUGAAUUUGCCUACUCAACCAUGGUCUCAGGCAUACGUCAUUGAUAAAUAAAGUUCCCAAUUCCUCUUUGUGGAUAUAAUAAUAUUGUACAUAUAUGUUUUUUUUCUUGUGUAAAUGGAUUGUCUUGUAAAACACUUUGAUGACUAAAAAUAACUUGGUUUGCUUGGUAAUUUU